AUGCGACUCCGCGAUAGUAUCCGCCCUCCUGAGCGCUAUGAAUCAGAGCAUUUUUACACGUCGCUAGGUCAAAAGUCAUUUCGCCAGCACAGAAAUACAAACCGUCCUCCUUACAUCGAUUUCAACCCCGACCUGCCUCCCGCUGUCUUCCCCACUCUGGACUUCCCUCGCCCAGCGGUACCAGAGGCUGACCAAGGUGCACAGAGGAAAUGGGGAGAAGAGGCCAAUAAUGCAGCCACUCCACAGCAUGGUCGCGAGCAACCUGCCAGUCAUGGCGAGACCAAGGAUAACAGAGAUACAAGAGUCGAUCCCGAGGAUAUCCCUAUCCAUAAGGUUGAGAACUACGUUUCAAGCAACGGAGACUUGAACACGUUCUACGUCCAAAGUAUGGCUACGAUGGCUGCUGCAGACUCAUCAUCUGCGAGUAACGAUUUGCACAAUGAGACUGACGACAGUAUCGAUGCUUAUGAUGAGUCUACGCAUGAGAUGUCUGACCCUAUGUGGAGCGAUUUGUGUCCUGGAAUACAAGUGGAAAUCUUCGACAAUCUUCUUCAGUACUACACUUGGAAGGACGCAUGUCAUAAGUUAAAUUUGUCUAGAGAAGAUCAGGAGGAAGUCGAAGAGCAUAUAUCCGCCCGUGAUAAGCAGAUGGAACGGGAAGAAUCUCUGAUGAAGAAUAUGCGGAGGAAGCAAUUGAGAGCGCUCUUGAAGAUUGACAACAGCGCAAGACAUCUCCAGGAUUCACACCAGUUUGUUUUUCGCAAAAUCUCUCGAGGGACCAUUGGUCAUCUGCGACUGAGUACUAGGCCAGACUAUCUCAUGUGCCAUGCCAAAGAGGUCAUGAAUGCUAAGGAGUAUUUGCGCCAACAAGGGCUAGACCCUAGGUACGCUGGGGACUGGGGUAACAGUAUCAGCCCUACUCACCCCUCUGAAAACGACCAAGAUCAAGACAUGAACAAUCUAAAGAAGCAGGUGAACUGCGCGCAAUACUUGGAACUAGCCACAGAUACGACAGAUGAUUACAUGAUGGACUUUGCUUUCGAUGAUAAAGCUCCGACUUCGAUCCUGGAUAAGCAGUCUUUUAUCAAUACAAUCGGGACGGCAGCUAUUGCUAGCGCGAGGGAUAUGGCACUAUGCAGAGGUAACUUAAAUGCAGCCCCAAGAUGGCUGAAUCUUCUUUACCAGCAUUCUAUACGGAACUACCAACCAGCCUUCCAGGAGAAUAACCUUGUUUGCCUCAAAAUCGGUACCGAGCGUGCCGCCCAGAUUCACGAUACUCAAACGAUAGCUUGUAUUCAGCCAGCGAAAUUGGUAAAACGUUUUCCUCCCAUUGAUGCUAUUUACUAUGACCCCCCUUCAUGGACCCCUGGAACUACUCAGAAUAACGGAGCGGGGACUAAUCCAACAAUGCCUCCAAGACCUAGGCCAACUUUGAGCAGCGGACUACAGCCUCUACAGAGAACAAUGGGUGGGAACUGGUCGUAUAGCUCUUUUGAACCUCAUCCAGCUACCUCUUCUAAGGGAUUCCAACAAAAAUUGGAAGAGGCACGACUGGAGACACAAAGGGCGAGAAGACGAGGAACGCAGCAACUUGCCGGUGGUAGAGGCUAUGAACUAUAUUUUACCCCGAGGCAAAGCCCUGAAGGCAUAAGUCGGUCACCCUCAACCACCACUGGGGGAUGUAUGUCACCUAAUAGCUCGAACGAGCUUUACGGUGCAUCGAUGCCAAGUCAUAGUACGGGAUCUUCAAGAACAGUCACUUCUAUUGGGGCUUCUCUUGAUGAUUCUACGGAACGGAGGACUGCUCCAGGAACUAUGUGUUCGCCAAGCAUCGCUUCCAAUUCAUAUCACAGCGAAAACCUUUGGGCCCAGCCUAGUGUCACGCAUACGAUGGGUAUUGAUGCAGAACAAGAAAGACUGAGAUAUGAAGAUGAACACUGUCCAACUGAUGAUGAAGUAGUUCUUUUACCUGCUGGAAAUGGCUACUGA